AUGCCAACCCUGGAUGAUAUUUUAGAGCAGAUCGGAGAAUUUGACUUCUUUCAGAAACAAGCCCUCUUUGUCUUAUGCCUGUUUUCUGCUACCUUCGCUCCCAUUUACGUGGGGAUUUUUUUCCUGGGAUUCACCCCCGAGCAUCGCUGCUUCAGUCCCGGGGUGGCUGAGCUGAGCCAGCGCUGUGGCUGGAGCCUGGAGGAGCAGCUGAAUCACACAGUUCCCGAGUGGGGUGGCCAUGGCCAUGGGGCCAGUUUCAGCAGCCGCUGCAGGAGGUACGAGGUGGACUGGAACACGACGGGCGUCAGCUGCACCGACCCCCUUGGCAGCCUCGUGGGCAACCAGAGCACCAUCCCCCUCGGUCCCUGCCAGGAUGGCUGGAUCUAUGACUCCCCAGGAACCUCUCUUGUGACUGAGUUUAACCUGGUGUGUGAGGACUCCUGGAAGCUGGACCUCUUCCAGUCAUGUGUGAACGUUGGGUUUUUUAUUGGCUCCAUGAGCAUUGGCUACAUAGCAGACAGGUUUGGCCGCAAACUCUGCCUCCUGGUCACAGUCCUCAUCAAUGCGGUCUCAGGGGUUCUCAUGGCCUUUGCACCGAGCUACAGCUGGACAGUGGUCUUCCGCCUGAUACAGGGACUGGUCAGCAAGGGAGGCUGGCUGACAGGCUACGUCCUCAUUGCAGAAUUUGUUGGCUCAAACUACCGGAGGGCAGCGUGCAUCAUUUACCAGACCGCCUUCACUCUGGGACUCCUCAUCCUCACCGCCCUGGCUUACGCGCUUCCGCACUGGAGGUGGCUCCAGCUCACGGUCACACUGCCCAGCGUCUUAUUCCUGCUCUACUACUGGUGUCUGCCUGAGUCUCCCAGGUGGCUCAUAGCUCAAAAGCAAAAUGACAAAGCUAUGGAAGUUAUUAAGCACAUCGCCAAGGGAAAUAAGAAGAAGCUACCUCUCUCUUUCCAGAAUCUCAACUCUGAAGAGGAAGAUGGAGAAAAGCUGAAACCUUCAUUUCUAGACCUGGUCAGGACACCUCAGAUCAGAAAACACACGUUCAUUUUGAUGUACAGUUGGUUCACGAGCUCCGUCCUCUACCAGGGCCUCAUCAUCCACAUGGGAAUAGCGGCUGGGAACAUGUAUCUGGACUUCCUCUAUUCUGCUCUCGUCGAGUUCCCAGCCGCCUUCAUCCUCAUGCUAACACUGGAUCGCAUCGGCCGUCGCUACCCCUGGGCUGCGGCAAACGUGAUGGCAGGUGGUGCUUGCCUCGUUACAGCAUUAGCCCCAGACA